CAGUGUCAGUGUGUGUGGACUAACGGCUGACGGUAGACACGGCUAGCUCAAACACUCUCACACACGGACACUGGUACAGGUAGACACGGCUAGCUCAAACACUCUCACACACGGACACUGGUACAGGUAGACACGGCUAGCUCAAACACUCUCACACACGGACACUGGUACAGGUAGACACGGCUAGCUCAAACACUCUCACACACGGACACUGGUGCAGUAUGGGAGCCAGAUGCAGAGCAGUUUGAAGGAAUUCACCUCGGACUGCUUCUAUCUGAUUGGAUCAUGUUUCCUGACUAUGUGUAUGUGAGAGGGCAGCAUGCAGUCGGCUCCAGCAGGUUUGUGGGACCCCCAUGGGCCCCAGUCUGAAGAUGGCUCCCCCCUCCCCCUGCUUCCACCCUCCGCCUCUCACCUCUCCCAUGUGAUCGCCGCGCCACCAGCUAAGCGAAUCACCUUCUACAAGAGAGGCGACGAUAAGUUUGCAGGUGUGAGGAUGGCCGUCCACAAACGCAGCUUCAAAUGCUUUGACGCACUACUGGACGACCUGUCGCAGAAGGUGCCCUUGCCUUUUGGGGUCCGCACUGUCACCACCCCCAGAGGAACCCACAGUAUUAAACAUCUAGAGCAGCUGGAGGACGGGGGGUGCUACCUCUGCUCUGACAGGCGGCAGGCUAAACCAAUCAACAUGGAGCUGGCUGGCAAACGCCCCGCCCUCUGGCACCACCCCAGCCGCCGAGUGCCACAGCGACCAGCUGAAGACCCUUGCCCUCCCACUGCUCCAAGCCACACCCCUACACGGCAGCGGCGCAUCCUAUUGGUCAGAAACAGCGACCCUGCGGUGAGGAGGAGUGUGAUUCUGAGCCGCCGCUCGACCCGAAGCCUCCGAGUGUUUCUGGAAGACAUCUCGGAACUGAUGCAGUGUCACGUCAGGAAAUUAUACACACUGGAGGGACGCAAGAUUGACAGUGCACAGAGCCUGAUGACGUGUCCAGGUGUGUUGGUGUGUGUGGGUCGAGAGCCCUUCAGACCUCUACUUCUGGAGUAUGUAACCAAGAGCUCUGAGGAGAAACUUCCUGGACUGGGGACGCGGUCAACUGGAAACGGGGCCCGCUCCCCGGGUACUGGAGCCCGCUCACCUGGUAACGGAAAAGGGUCACGGUCUAGUGUCUGCAGCGAGGGACACGACAACAAGAAGAACGUGAACUUUGGUCUGGAGACUAAGAAGAGCAUCAUCCAUCCUCGCUUAGACUCUUCAAACCGCUCCACCCGUUUCUCUCUGUCCUCGGAGAAGUCCUGCGCUAACGGCCUCUGUCCCCACUCCCACAGCGGCAGGGAGGCGGUGCUUAACGAUGACAUCGAGAAGCGGGUACUGGUGAACAAAGACGGCAGCCUGUCUGUGGAGAUGAGGGUGCGGUUCAAUCUCCACAACGAUGAGACGCUUCAGUGGUCCACGGAGAUUAAGAAGUCUCCCUCUGACUCUCUGACCAAUGACUGCUGUCCGCUCAGGGAAGCUCAGCCCUGCUACCUACAGGGCCAAUCGGAAAGCUGCUCGGACCCUGACUACGCUUUUUGUGUUGCUGAAGCUGCCGACUACGCACCCAAGCCUCCACAGCGCUCCCUGAAGGAGCCACAGCCCCGCUGUGCCUGCUGCUACCAGAGACCCAACCCGGAAUAUGACCUCUGGGAAAACCCCGCCCACAUCCAGACCUCUAAGCACUCCCAUUCCAGGGUUAGACACACCCACUCUUCUAGCUCCUCCUCUUCCUGCCGCUCCAGCAGGGUGCUGAGGAGACGGUCGACCCACAAGGAGGGCUCGGAGCCCGGAAGGGUUGUCCAGGAGUGCUGCGUCAGGGAAGAGGUACAACGUCGGGUGGAGGUGGAGAGGGACGGAGGAAUGGUGGAGGUGUGUACAGUCAGCCGUAGCUGCAGCCGCAGCGAACUCAAUCUGAGUGCCCCAGACAACCAGGGGGAGGAGCGUCCUCCGUCUAGCUCCUCUCGCAUACUCCAAGCGCUUCAGGAAGAUGUGGAUGCCCUCCCUCCCAGCGCCUCACGCUGCUGCCAUAGCAACGACCCCCCACAACCGCUCCCUUUGACUUCGCGUCCUCCCAGCCACUCGUCCAAUUACUCCAGGAGCAGGAACCACACCCCUGCCCCUGCCCCACAGCGAGAGGAGAGGGGAGAGGUGGAAGAGGAAAGGUGUGACAUGGGUGAGGAGAGGGUUAGCAGAGCCUCCUCCCGGCGCUCUUGUCACUCCUGUUCCUGCCGUGGUGGAGAAGUCACCCCUCAGGCCAACCAGGAGAGGGUGGACAGCCAAGCCUCCCACAGAUCUAGAUCUUUCAAUAGAAUCACAACCCCUGUGGCUUCAGAGGAGGGAGAUGAUGAAGAUGAUGAGGAGGAGGAGGAGGAGAGGGCAGUCAGCGUAAUGUCCACUCACACCGGUCUCUCCGGGGGAUCGGGUGGGUCAUUGGGGUCUAUGGGGUCCAUUGUGUGUUCUCACUGUGGCGGGUGUGACCAUAGGUCCAGCCCUGCAUCCUGCCCUUCACAGAGGUCACAGCGAUCUAAAUGUGAAGAGGAGAGGUCAGGGAGCGGACUCUCGGGUGGCUCAGAUGAGUCCGGUUUUUCUCAGAGGACCAACAGGUCCAACUGUACCCACUACUAUCAAGAGGGCCGAGCAGCCAGCAGAAUGUCACACCUGUCUCUUCCCGAGGAGGGAGAGGAUACAGGGAAGGAGGGAGAGGUGGAGGUUGGCGAGAAGAGAGAAGAGGGGGAGAAAGACGAGAGAGCAGCCAGUGUCCUCUCAGCUAAAUCCUUCUCUUCAGUCAAAGGCAGGAACUCCAGAACCUCCCAUAAGUCUAAGGCUUCAGAAUCCCUUGCAGACAUGGAGGAAGAGAUGGAGGGAGAGAUGGAGGGAGAGAUGGAGGGAGAGAUUAAGGAAGAGAUGGAGGGAGAAGUGGAGGAAGAGAUGGAGGAAGAGAUGGAGGAAGAGAUGGAGGGAGAGAUGGAGGAAGAGAUGGAGGAAGAGAUGGAGGGAGAAGUGGAAGACAGAAGAGAGCAGAGACCAUCAAGCGCCAUGUCAGCUAAAUGUAACCUCUCAGUAAAGUCCAACAGGUCCCAUAAGUCCUACGGCAGCAAAUCCGAACGGGCACCUUCCCCCAAAUUACCAGAGGCAACAGCUACUGACGAGGUGGGAGAGGAGAGACCAGCAAGUCCCAUGUCAACUAAAUCAAACCUCUCAGCCAAGUCUAGCAGGACUCAUAAGUCCACCCGUAGCAAAACAGAUGGGUCCACAAAGGUUUCAGAGAGGGCAGCUUCUCCCAGAUCAGAACCAGAAGCUGCUGAGGAUACAGGAGCAGCAGAGACAGAGGACAGAGAAGCCAGUGUUAUGUCAAAUAAAACCUGUGUUUCAGCAAAGUCCAGCAGAUGUCAUAAGUCUAGGGCUGCUUCUGUCAGCUCUGACACACCCGAUGUCCCUGACAUUGAGACAACCGGUGAAGGUGAAGAGGCAGAAGAGGGCGAGAAAACAGAGGAGAGCGCCAUGUCAGCUAAAUCUAACCUCUCGGUAAAGUCCAGCAGGUCCCAUAAGUCCACCUACAGCAAAGCAGAACAGGCCCCUUCCCCCUAUUCAGAGGCGCCAGAAACCGAACCUGGUCUAGAUGAGGAGGGAGAGGAGAGAGCAGCGAGUGCCAGGUCAACUAAAACCAGUGACUCAGUAAAGUCCAGCAGGUCCCAUAAGUUCACCUACAGCAAAGCAGAACAGGCCCCUUCCCCCUAUUCAGAGGUGCCAGAAACCGAACCUGGUCUAGAUGAGGAGGGAGAGGAGAGAGCAGCGAGUGCCAGGUCAACUAAAACCAGUGACUCAGUAAAGUCCAGCAGGUCCCAUAAGUUCACCUACAGCAAAGCAGAACAGGCCCCUUCCCCCUAUUCAGAGGCGCCAGAAACCGAACCUGGUCUAGAUGAGGAGGGAGAGGAGAGAGCAGCGAGUGCCAGGUCAACUAAAACCAGUGACUCAGUAAAGUCCAGCAGGUCCCAUAAGUCGAACCGUAAAGCUACCUCUCCAAAGCCAGCCGCUUGUGAAACGCCAGUCAAUGAUCCAGUGGAGAAACAGAGAGCAUCAGCUGAAACCAGGGCUUCUGUCAGGUCUAGCAGGUCUCACAAGUCUACCUGUAGUAGGAGGGCUGAGACACCUGUCGCUAAAGACAUCCCUGCUAUUGAAACAACAGAAGGAGAUGAGAAUGGGUCUGCUUCCGCCGCAGGAGACGCAGAGGAGAGACCGGCGAGCGCUACGCCAGCUAAAAUGAACGUUUCAGUUAAGUCUAGCAGAUCUCACAAGUCUACCAAACCUUCAGAGAGGGUUGACUUUAAAGGGGCUAACAUCCUGGCUAUUGAAACAACGGGGAAGUCUAGCAGAUCUCAUAAGUCCACCUGCAGCAAAGCAGAACGGGCCUCUUCCCCCAACUCACCAGCUGAACUUGCCCCUUCUCCCAACUCACCAGAGGUACCAGCUUCUGCUGUAGAUGAGGAGGGAGAGAGAGCAGCGAGCACUGUGUCUGCUAAAACCAGUGCUUCAGUCAAGUCCAGCAGAUCCCACAAGUCUACCUGCAGUAGGAAUGUCAGGGCUGAGACACCAGGGACUAAAAACAUCCCUGUUAUUACGACGACAGGGGGAGAGGAGACGGUUGAUGAUACAAUUGUUGCUGGAGACACAGAAGAGAGACCGGCGAGCGUCAUCUCAGCUAAAACCAGUGCUUCAGUCAAGUCCAACAGGUCUCAUAAAUCUACCUGCAGCAGGAGGGCUGAGAGUCAAAGAUCUCAACCAGCCGAUGUCCCUGUUAUUGAAACAACAGGAGGAGACGAGAAAGAGAGAGCAGCCAGUGUCAUUUCAGCUAAAUCUAACGCUUCAGCAAAGACCCGCAGGUCUGACAGGUCCACCUGUAAUGAAAGUGCUGAAGCGAUCUCUCCAGCGGCUCAAGAUAUUCCCUCUAUUGAGACGACAGGUGAAAAAGAGCAGGGGGACAAAGCGGACGAGAAAUCUGAGGAGAGACCAGCUAGCGUCAUGUCGGCUAAAUCCACCACCUCUGACAAGUCCACCAGAUCUCAUAAGUCCAGCAGUAGUAAGAGGGCUAAAACGCCAGCUGAUGUCCCUGUUGUUGAGACCACCGGAGAAGACGAGAAGGGAGAGGGGACAGAGAGACCAGCGAGUGCCAUGUCGACUAAAUCCAACGUUUCAGCAAAGUCCAGCAGGUCUCACAAGUCCACCUGUAAUAGUGGAAGUGCUAGAGCGGUCUUUCCAGCACCUAAAACAGCAGACGUCCCAGCCAUUGAAACAACAGAGGUUGACCGUGAGGGAGAGAAAACAGAGGAGAGACCAGCUAGCGCCAUGUCGGCUAAAUCUCACAUCUCAGCUAAGUCCAGUACAUCUAAUAAGUCUAAUGCAAGUAACAGAAGUAUGUUUCCGCACCUGAAAAAAGAGAGAGGUGAGAGAGGCGUUAGACCCGUCACCAGCACUACAGGAGAUGACCUUGAGACAGGCCGUGUGAAAUCUGCCAUGAGCACAAAACUCAAAAGUAAAGCAGAUUCCUCCCCCACCAGACCCCUCUCCAGAACAUCACAGACCAGCGCUAAACCUACCAAUCAAACACCGCCUGCCACCACCGAGACAGCCAAUGAGGAGUCUCGAAGUCAAGCCGCCAGCAAGGCUGCAGACAUAGCUGAUGACGUCAGAAAUGAUGUCACAGAGGAGAAAGCGCCCAGCGUACGCUCCAAGAGCCCUGCAAAAGCAGCUGGAGACUCCAGGCCUGUGUCUGCUUCCUCCGCCCGCUCCACCGGGUCAAAGGUGAAAGUUGAGAAGGCCAGCGAUGCCCAUGAGGAGGAGAGUCCAAAUACAAGCGCCUCCGACUUCCUGCAAGUGAAAGGUCAAGGUCACAGAGUCAAAGCUCAGAGUGACACAGGCAGCGUUCGCUCUGUGAAGACGGUGAUAGAAAGAAAUUCCAGACCAAAGUCACCGCGAGCGAUAGACCCUGUCCCCCAGUCCCCCAGUCCCAACAUUCAAUUGGAGACGGCCAGCAUCAGUGACAGCCUCCUCUCUCAGUUCCUGUCAGCUGCUGACCUGCUCAAGGGGAACAUUGCCGCCUUGCGCCCCUCCAGCCCUGUAGGGUCAACGGUUAGCCUCACUGAGAGCGGGAAGAGUGGACAGAGUCGGAGGAGCAGGAAACCCGAACAGGAAGAGGUAGAGUUAGAGGAGCUGGAUCCCCUCUGUCUGCCUAACACCUUGCCCAACGACGUUGUCAGUGAUUGGCUGAGAGGCAUACCUGCAGACGGCGGUAUGGAUAGCCCUGAAGACGAGAUGAACAAGGGAAUUGAGGAGACAGAAGAAGGAGAGGAAGCCGUGGAGAAAGGAGGGGAAACAGAGGGACAGGGAGGAGAGGAGACUGAGGAGAAACAAGAACCGGUUGAGACCACAGUUCUGGAGCAGGAGAACACGGCUGAACCAGGACAAGAGGAAGAGGAAGGGGAACAGGAGAACACUGCUGAACCAGGACAACAGGAAGAGGAACAGGAACAGGAGAACACUGAUGAACCAGGACAACAGGAAGAGGAGAACACUGCUGAACCAGGACAAGAGGAAGAGGAACAGGAGAACACGGCUGAACCAGGACAAGAGGAAGAGGAGAACACCGCUGAACCAGGACAACAGGAAGAGGAAGAGGAGAACACAGCUGAACCAGGACAACAGGAAGACGAAGAGGAAGUGAAGGAGGCUGCAGAGCACCCAGAGGAAGAGGAGAAGGUGAAAGUGGAAGAGGAAGAGAGGGGAGAGGAGGAGGGAGUAGCAGUGGAGCAAGAGAAGGAAGAAAAAGAAGAAGAGAGGGAGGAGGGAGGAGAAGAGGGGGGAGAGUGUGCUGCCUUCUGCCCUGACCCAGCCCCGCCCACCAAUGACAUCACUUCCUCUCGUCCUCGCCACCUGUUCCUCAGUAAAGAAUCAGAGCUGCCUCGGAGCUGCCACUCAUCUGUGGCAGUAAUGAAGGUUCUACUGAGCCCUACACUGGGCCGAUGCAGCUCCCUGCCUGAGAUAAGUCCUGUGUACGGACGCAGACUGAGCUCCUCUGCUAAAGGUCUGCUGGACUGUCUGGCCCAGCUGCAGCUCAUCGACCCGCCCUCUCUCCAAGCUGCAGCUCCAAGCCCUGACAGGGACCAGCGAUACCAAGAGGUCAUGGAUAUACUAGAGUCACUGUGGCUGUCUAAGCCCAACCCCGGGAAGGGGAAAGAGGGAGAGGCAGAGGGGAAGGAGAGGUUGAAAGACUCUGGUGUGGACCUGAGCAGUGGCUCAGCUGGGUCGGGGGUUCUGGGAAAGGCAAACCAGAUGAAACAGCGGGUGACAUCACUCCCAUAGCAGAGGGAGAGGAAGAGGGAGGGGAGGAAGAGGGAGGGGAGGAAGAG